AUGUUGCGGGUUGUUGUGGUGGUACUCCUGGUGGUUGCCCUCUGUGGCGCCACUCCCCUGGUGAAACCCAUUCCAGGGAGCAAGCCGUGGCGGCCUCGUCUGGAUGGCCGGAUCGUCGGAGGUAGCCAAGUCAGCAUCUCCCAGUACCCGUGGCAGCUCUACUUCACCAUAGCCAACAAAUUUUGCGGCGCUUCCAUCAUCAGCAACUCCUGGGCACUGUCUGCAGCCCACUGUGUAUACGGCUACUCCACCAGCCAAAUGCUGCUGCGCGCUGGCACCUCCAGCAGGGGUAGCGGUGGUACCACCCACAACGUGGCCGCAGGUUACAUUCACAACAGCUACGCUAACUACGACUACGACAUCUGCGUGUUGCAAGUGUCCAACGCCUUCAGCUUCGGCAGCAACGUGAGGGCUGUGAGUCUGACCUCGUCAGAGCCCUCUACUGGAACCACGGUAACAGUCACCGGCUGGGGAACCACCUCGUCAGGCGGCAGCGCCUCCAACACGCUACUGGCGGUGAACGUCCAGAUCAUAGACCGCAACACGUGCAACCGCUCGUAUGGCAGCAUCACCAGCCGCAUGAUCUGCGCUGGAGUGACCGGAGGCGGCAAGGACGCCUGCCAGGGAGACAGCGGCGGUCCUCUGGUGUCCGCCUCCACCCAGGUGGGCAUCGUCUCCUUCGGCAUCGGCUGCGCCGACGCCGCCUAUCCCGGCGUCUACACCAAUGUGGCCAACUUGAGGUCCUGGAUCAAAUCCACGGCUGGUGUUUAA